ACAGCCUGCUUGUCGGUGCGCGCUCCCGCGGCGUCCCUCCGGUGGUCGCCGCACGCGUUGCAUCUUCUGCGUUCUAGCCAGCCCCAACAGCAUUGACUCUCCUCCAUCAUCCAUCCAUCAUCCCAGCCUUCUCUAAGGACAGUUGGACUCCCUGGAUUGAUGGUGCUGCUCUCGGUGCUGUGCAGAAACACGGACCCCUGCGCGGCCCCGCAUCACUGCGGACCGACCCGGACCACCGCGCCGACUCUCAUCCCUGCUCUACCAGGGCUCUCUAACAGCCGCUAAUGGCGAAGACAGUCACGUCACCAGGCACCAUGACAGGUGAAAAGACGGCACCACUAUGCAUCACUCUUCUUCCUGACAAGAGAUCUCCGAUGAGUUGUCACAGCUCUCCUGCUCGCACCAGAAAAAAUACUCCGACUAACACAGAGAAGAAACCACACAUGAACGGACAUGCAUCCCCUUCACACCUCGGAGCAAACAACAAUAACAGCCAUGGAGGUAAACAAUGCCUGGAGGGUUACAUGAAGACGGAUGACAGGAUGCGUUUAGCCAAAGAAAGACGUGAGGAGAGGGAGCGGAGCCUGGCGGCCAAGGAGCAGUUGAUCUGGGAGAAGGAGCGCAGGGCUCAGCUGCAGUACGAGCGCACGCUGGAGGAGCGUUGCCGGCGGCUCGAGGAACAGCGGCAGAAAGAGGAGCUUCGCAGGGCUGCAGUAGAAGAGAAACGGAGGCAGCAGCUCGAGGAAGAGAGGGAGCGGUUUGAGGCCCUGGUGAAACGCUCCCUGGAGAGGAGCCUUCAGCUGGAACAGAGAAGCAAGCGCUGGAGCAGGGGCUGCCCUCCUGCAGGUGACUGUGAGAAUGCCUCACUCCCUUUCUCUGCAGCCUCCGCCUUUUCCCAUGGCAUUGCCUCCCCCCUUCCUGCUGUCAGCGAAUCCGCGCCCUGCAGCCCUCAGAGGUCGCCUUUCUGCAGCUCCCUCAACCCAGUAGAUCACAGCCGAGCUGCGCUUCAGGGAGGCUCUCAGUCCACCCCCAACACCCCCAAGAAAGAGCGGCUACGCAGAGAGAGAACUGCCUCACCAUGUUGUGGAUCUCCUGUCAGAAGAUCUGAGUCCCCUGCAAGUGUCACCAAGCAUCCGACUUCCCUGACAGCCUCAAAGUUAGCGUCUAAGAUGCGUUUCCCGUCCCCUAGCAACUCACAUGAGUACCACCACUCUCCAUCCCGACAUCGGUCGAUCCCACCAAACCAUGACAGGAAGGCAGAAAACAAGAUGGAAACACUAGCUAGCCCAUCCAAAGCUGGACCUGUACUGAGAAACAAUGCCUGUCGCAACAACUCAAAUUCAUCUUUGCAAACUGAGAAAGAUGUGGUUAGGGCUGAAAUCACAAACUCCAAGUCUUGUAAAGGGAUUAAAUCUGAUAAGAACCUCGUUGUGGACUCGUCUGACAAAAAUCAGUCCCCUGCCAGAAAGAACCAAACCCCCAGAGUAGAUUCUUCAGAGAAGAAGAUGCAGGACGACACUCAUGGUGGAGACAAGAGUAAAGAAUCCCCUCCAGUCAUGUCAACAGGGAAGGUGGGAUCUGGCACAACCAGCGCAGAGGAGGCCACCAGGUUGCUGGCUGAGCGCAGGCGUCAAGCUCGAGCCCAGAAGGAACAGGGAGACAAAAUAUGGCAAACAGAGGAAGAAGAAAAAUUGAGAGCAGCUCUUGCGCAGCAACAGCAAGAUGCGAAGCAUCAACAAGGGGAGGAGAGAGGGGAGAAUGAGAAACAAGGGGAGGACAAAACAAUGAAAGAACAGCAGCAGACGGAGCUGCGGGUCCAGAUAGAAACUGAGAUAGAAAAAGCCAAAGUCCAGGCUCAAGGAGAUGCAGAGCGCCAGCGGGAAGACAGGGAACUGCUCACCCAACAAGAAGAGGAGCGGCAGCUCCGAAAAAAGAGAAUUGAGGAAAUCAUGAAGAGAACCAGGAAGGGGGAAAUUGAUGUGAAGGAGGAGCAGGUGGAGACAAAGUCAGUCUCACCGCCAGGAAAUAUAAAGUCUAAAGCUCAGGUGAGCGAACAGACAAGCCAAAAGAAUGAGUUGCCGGUUAAAGAACAGGCCACCGUGCAAGGAGAAACACAGACAAAGAAAGAAGCAGCAGCACAGAUGGAUAAUCAGAAGUGUAUGCAAGCUCAAAACAACACUGUGACACAAUCACACAGUGUUCCUGACAAGGGACUUGAUAAAAAACAUGCCAGUGGAGAAGGACAUGGCAGCCAACUAAGCAAAGAGGCCAACACCUGUGUUUUCACAGAAAAGGAAAAAGUGGUGGAGCUGAGUGCAAACAAGGAGCUCAAAGUAAAUGUUAAAGUUACUUCUCAAUUGAAAGAGUCAACUAAGUUGACAGCAGGCGGCAAAGCAAACCAAAGAGAUUGCAUUGUGACAAAUGGAGCAGUCAAGGGUGAAGGAGGUGUCUUGAACAUCGUUUAUCAAACUACGGAGGGGAGAAAAAAGCAAAGUCUGGAUACGUGGACGUCAGAGGGAAAAGCUGCAGGAGGAGCUCAGGAGGAGGGUGUUGGGCCCGCCAUGACACCACUGCCAGUGGCGUGUUUGUCUCCGCCGGCCAUCAAGCUGGAACCUCUGAAUGAGAAGCGCAUGGGGUCCUGUGACGAGGUGCAGUCCAUGGAGGUUAGCCCAGCCUCAAAGGAAGAACUCAUCUCAAUCCCUGAGUUCUCGCCAAUCAAUGAGCUCCAACAUGGUGGCUUGAGCAACAACCGGGCCCUCGAGGAUCUGAUGGACCUGACAGGAAGUGUCACAUUACCUAAACUGUCAUCUGAAGGCAGCAGAGGCGACUGCAACAAGAACCUGAUCGGGGGCGUUGUUAGUCCCAUGUCGCCUCCAUCCCCAAACAAACUCACCAACAAGUAGAUCCUUAGUCUCCCUCUCUCUUUCUCUUUCUCACACACAUAUUAGUAGGCGAUCUUGUGUUCAUGGAAUAGAGCCAUAAAGACUAACUUAAAAUGAAAACAAUGAAUUGCAAUAUAAAGAAAACAUCCCAGAUAGACAUACAAAUGAAAUAGGAAAUGAAAUAAUGUGUGAGAAAAGAGGAGAUGUGUGAAAAAUGAGCACAUGUAUGAAAGAUGUUCGUAGGAAGAGGAAUUGCAGAUGUAGCGUAUGAGAAAAUAAAUAAAAGAUAUCAGGGUUUUAUUCACCUAUAAAAUUAGGAAAUGCACUUUAACUAACUUGCAUUAGCUUGAUAAGAAUUUAGCAGAAUCUUCACUGAGUCCGCUCCAUUAUGGGGAAAUAUAUAAGCUUGCUCAGAGCAGUGAUGACUUCACUUGUGCCUCCGCCUUCCCACAUGGCAUCCAAUUCAGUGUAUUUUGGGAAAGGCAAGGCUGAUUCAUCUAAAUGAUGGCCUAGUUCGCAAUAUUUAUGUAUCUUUCUGGCCAGGUCACUUUAUUAAUGUAUGUAUUGAUGAUUCAUUAGGCAGGAAUGUAUCGGAUUCUGGGCAAAGCAAAAUCCAUCCAGACUCUCAGAACCACCUCACUGCUCCUGACCCAGUCAACUCUCAUUACCGGAUUGUUACCAUUUUGAGAUGAUUCCCUUUAUUCUUUUAGUUGGGGCUUCCUAAGUGCAUGUAACUGAACAAAAAAAGACCCCAUAUCAUUCUGAAUGUUAAAACAUUUCGAUAACAAACAAUGCCACAUGUUAGUUGCAGAACAGAGUGGAUUAAAUGUAGAUUAAAAAAGUCAGGCUCACUAUUCAAGAAUCCACUGACUUAAUUAAUUUUUAAUUUAAAACAAGAGAGAAAAAGGGACACAGUGGUGCAGCUGGUAGUGGAACGGUUCACAGAUGUUCUGGGUUCAAUUCCCGCCGGGGACGCUGUGGGGGCUGAGUGCGUGUUAAGUUCCCCCAUGACUUCAGCACCACAGCCUGGGUGGGGUUGGAACCCUCACCCUGGGUUGGGUUGGAACCCUCAACCCUCACCCUGGGUGGGGUUGAACCCUCACCCUGGGUGGGGUGGGAAAGGGCCUUUCUGUGUGGAGUUUGCAUGUUCUCCCCGUGUUCCUGAGUAACUAAUGUGAGCUUGCCUCACAGAAACCCUGCUCACUCCUCAGGUUAGGAGGAGACCUGAGCUCAGUUAGGACCUCCCGGGCCUGGCUUAGGUAGGAGGUAGGAGCACUGGGGGAUAAAAUGGUUUUUUUUCGGCUGAGCAGUUUAAACGUCAACUAAAAAGCUUUCUAUGGCAGUGCCUUCAUUGAAUUUAUUAGCCAGAAAGAAUAUCUAUUGUUGCAUUAGACAGAAGAGCUCUGCAGCAGAACUGCUUGCUUAAAAAUCCACCUGAACAUCGGACCUGUAAUGAUAAAGAUGCUGUUUGUAGUUGAGGUUUAUCCACCUCACUAUGUGAUCCUGUUCAUGAAUAACUUAUUUUUCUUCUUGAGCACAUCACAUCAUGAAAAAUUAUUGAGAUUAAUAUUCAAGAUGCAGAUUUGGAAGACACGCCUGAUGAGGGAGUAGGUUACUUCUUACGCUUGUUCCCUUGUGUGUUUUUUGUCUUUUCAUUCAGCCUUUGUGUGUACUGUAAAACUUGAAUUUUUGGUUUGAAAUACAUAAUUCUUUGUCUACUGUGCUGCAGAUAGUUAUGACAACUACUUGUACACAUCGUGAUACCACUUAUAAAAUGGCAGUUAGAUUUGCAUUCCUCAUACAACAGAUAUCCCAACAUGUUAUUGACUUUACAGUGGCCUCAAGCAAAAUAGCCAAAUAGAAUACUUAUAGUAUUUGAAAUUUAGGGUUUGCAUUACAUUGUGCAUAUUCGAACACAUACAUUGAAGAAAUUUCAUUUUUGUUUUGCCUUUUAGGUGAAAAGAGAAUAAGAGUAAAUAAACAAUAUACACAAUAGUUUCUAUGCAUUUCCAGAUCUGCUCAUGAUUUAACCAAUAUCAAUCUUAACUAUUUAAGUUAUACAAAUACUGUACAUUUGUGCAUGGUAAGCAUGGCCAUAAAAAUGUUAUGAAAAACAAUAAAGAGUAAAACGGUGACGUCUACGUUUUUGUUUGUGUGUCAGUUAUGCCCAUUUUAUCUGGAUAUUAACUUGGAGGAGAAGUAAUUAAAGCUGAAUAACAAUAGUCUUGUUUAUACUUGCAUAAAGUAUGAAAACCAACCAGAGAUUUUCUCUAUUAUUUGUCAGUAGAGAAA